AUGGCCUCGUCUAUUGCCUCGGCCAGACCCAAUCUCGCUGCGCCUGUGGCCGACGAUGAUGCCGCCAACGACCCGUUCGUCGCCAGCACCUCUUCCACCCACCACCGCUUCUCAGCUUUCGACCAUGAACUCUUUGCUGCAGGACCCGGCUCCUCCCCGCGCCAGGCCAAGCGCGCCCUCGAGGCCCAUCUAGCCGAGACGGAGCGGCGCCUCGAUGAGGCUGGCAAGUUGGGUACGGCCCUCGUCGGCCAGCGUAAGGCGCUGGCUGAGCAAUUGCAGGAAAUCGAGAAGCUCCAGGCACAAGGCGAAUUGGGCCCCGAGCUCCGCCAAAAGCUCGUGGAGAUCGAGCGCGAAUACAAUGACCUGGCCCGCGAGUCUGCUCGCGCCUUUCUACCAAAGAGAAUCCCUUCCAACGAGAACGGCCCUGGCACACCAUACGCACCUGAUGGUCGCACUGGCAGGCGUUCCAUCAGCCCUUCCAAAUUCGACGGCCAUGCCACCGGCUCUCCUACCAAACUCACAGUGCCGAAGCGCAGAGCCAGAAACCAGCAAUCCAAUCGCAUACACGACAUUGAGUUUGCCGCCGAAAUCAGCCAGUCCCUCAUCGCACAGGUCCGAAAUCUACAGUCUCUUCUGUCUGAGCGCGAGGACGAAGUCAAGACGCUGCAAGGCGAAAAGUCGCGGCUCGAGAUUGAUACCGAAGGCCUUCACCAGCGUCUAAAGACUCUCGAUGAGAGCGAGCACCGCUACAAGGACGAAAACUGGAACCUUGAGACGCGGAUGCAAGAAAUGACUUCUCUGCAAAAAGAAGCAGCUGACAAGGAAAAGAAGCUAAAUCAAGCCAUCAGCCUCGCCAACAUGGAGAAGACAGUGGCUCAAAAAGAACUCGACGAGGUCAAAGCCUCCCAUGCAAAACUCACCGAGGAUCAUGCAGCUGCCAUUAAGCUGCAUGACAUUGAGCUUGGUUCCGCCAAGCGCAAUCUGACCAUGGGCGAGGAUGAGCGUACGUCCCUCCAGAAAAAGAUCGACGAUCUGACGAACCAAAACCAAGAGCUCGCCAGAGCCUUCUCCACGCAACGCGGCAGACUACUGGAUCGCGAGCCAGGCUCUGGACUUAGCGACGAGGACUUUGAUACGGCCACGGAAAAUGCUACCCCCGAGCACUCGCCGCCGCCCUCCCCAAUCAAGGGCACUCCGCGACAUGCUGUCCUGGAAACAGAGACUGUCAAAACCUCUCUCGGCCACGCGCAAAGAACCAUCCAGAGCCAGAGGAACCAACUCCACCGCGAAAAGACCGAAAAGCUCGAACUCCGCCGUAUCAUUCAAGAUCUGCGCGACGACCUGGAGAAAAUGCGCGGCGACGCGGGCAACACUGCCAACCGCCGCAGCCGCAAGGUCGACUCCAAGGAAUACAAGCGUCCCUCCAAGCUACUCGGUAGCAUGCGCUCCGGCAAGCACGAAAUUUUCAUGGACGACCCCGAGUGGGAAGAGAAUGAUGGAAACUCGCCUUCUGGUAGCCCUACUCUGGCGAGACGGACCAUUCUGCCCUCUACCGAGCCCAGCGACCAUUUUGAGACCGCCAAUGAGGCCAGCGAAUCUGCCUUUGAAACGGCCAACGAGCGUGGAACUGAGACGGACGACUUCCAGACCGGCCAUGAGGUCAUGUCAGACAGUGACGGCGCCGAAACUGAGACCGAGUCUAGAGGGUUUGGCAGGAUGAAGCAGACACCAAAUCUGCCUGCUACACUCACCAGACAGGGCACUCGGGAAUCUUUCCACAGCACCGCCUCGACCUCUGCCGACGAGGCUCUCGAUACCCUUCCUGAUGUGCGCACGCCCACCGGCACCGUUUCGUCCACCAAGAGCCGCUUCAGCCUCAGCCGCCUGCCCUGGUCUCGCCGCUCCCGCCAAAGCAGUGAGGAGCCUCAUGCUCAGAGCAGCCCAGUCAGCCAUGCUGGCAGUGCUGGUACCCCGCGCGCGGCCGGCCAGAGCUUGUUUGCGGAGCUUCAAGACUUUGACGGCAGCGAGGAGGAUUCCAUCGGUGGCACUCCCCGUACGCGCACCAUGCGCUCCGUCACCCCUGGGUCUACUCGCCGCACGCCUUCACCCGCUCCUCCUAUGCCGACACGCGCUGCCAUGGUUGACGGAUCAACAAUGACGGAGCCCGUCUCCAUCACGCGACCUCGAGCUGCGGACGCCAUGCGACCUACCUCUUCUGGGUCUGUGGUCAACACCAACCAGGAUCCUUCAGGAUGGCGGUCGAGCUACACCACAGCGUCUGAGACAGAUCCAUUGCGCCCCAUCUCCACUCUCUCCUCCAACGACAUGGACGAAAAGAUUGCUCAGUUCCCUGUUCCGCCCAAUGCUGCGGCAGCCAGGGAACUAGUUUAUUCUUCUAUUCAGACUCAGCAUACCGAGCCUCGGGAAGCUACUGUCGUACCACCUACCUUGAAGAUGUCCAACAUCAUGGCCGAAGGUCUGGAGCCUAUUGCCAGCCCGCAACGGGCAAUGCCUGUCAUGUCUUUGGGCCGAAUCCAGUCCCAGGCUGUAGAACCUAUUGCCAUCCCCAAGCCUUCGAUGCCUGUCAUGUCUCUAGGCCAAAUCCAGUCGGAGUCUGUCGAGCCUAUUGCCAGUCCCAAACGUUCAAUGCCUGUCAUGUCUUUGGGCCAAAUCCAGUCGGAAUCUGUCGAGCCGAUUGAGCCGCCCACGCCAACGACACCCAAGGCCGUCGCGCCAGUCGCUAUCCCGGCCCCCGCGCCACAGCUCAGUCUGUCGUCCAUCAACACACAAAACAUCGCGCCGUCGGCACUAGCACAGCCCGUCUUGGGUUACUCUGCCAUUGCCACUGAGCGGGUCUCACCAGUGUCUGAGCCAUUGCCUGCUCUGCCUGCCCUCGGCUUCUCUUCAGUCAUAACCGAGCACACGGUGCCGGUCAGCCCUGCCAAGGCGCGCCCAACUAAGCUGACGCUGUCGUCCAUUUCUUCAGAGGCGGUCAUGCCGAAAACAACACCCAAGAGCACUCCAGUGCUCACGUUCUCUGACAUGCAAUAUAUCAACAUCGAGCCGCAAUCGCCAAGAAACGAGCGAAGAGAUGGCUUUAUUCUGCCUCGAGAAUUCCACAACACUCCUGACAAGCCUGCUCCUGAGACACCUAAUAACAAGAUUUUCGGAGCCCUGUUUGGGCGCGGAAAAAGCAAAGACGCCUCACCCGCCAUCGCUGAAGACGAGACAAGGCAAUCUCCAUCAGAUUCACCCCAUGCCGAGACUCCAGAGUCGCAGCGUCCCUUCAAGGAGAUUUCAGCCAAUAGCUCCUCGCGACCACCUCGCAAGUCCUCACUGCACACUACCAGUGAUCAGGGCGCUCAGACUGCCCUGACGGGCGGAGCGAUCGACCUCCUGCAAAAGAGCCACAAGAAGAGCUCCUCAACUGCCUCGGUUGGCAGCCCAGAGACAAUGGGUACCGUCCGUAUCCACCGCUCGCAGGAGAGCCUGGCUAGCCACGUCAACCGCAGCGUGGACUUUGACGACUCCAUGUACGACACUGGGUCCGUCAUUGUUCGCCCUGACAGCGCAGCUAGCGGGAAGCGGUCAGCCUACGAGACCGCGCCGCCUCUGCCUUCCAACCACCGCCAGGCUAUCCAAAACGCAGGUGCCCAGACGCAAGGCAGCAUGGGCCCACCACUGUGGCCUGCUUCCGCGAUGAAGCGUCCCAGCACACCAAGCCACCACAGACGAUCAGGAUCUGGCCAGAACGCGACGCCAACUCCCCGUGCUACACGCACUGGUGGGUUCGUCGACUUCCAACAAAAGCCUCCCGUGAUCGGCAGACAACCUUCGGUGUCGUCGUUUGCCUCUGACAUUGAUGCGCGAUUCGACCUGCGUGCUACGGAUAUCGACCCUACUGGCUUCGGCCCCAACACGGAUCCUCGCAUGAUCCAGGCCAUCACACAAACCAUGAUUGGCGAGUACCUGUGGAAGUACACUCGCAAGACUGGCCGUGGUGAGCUGUCGACAAACAGACAUCGCCGCUACUUCUGGGUCCACCCGUACACGCGAACUCUGUACUGGGGCGACCAUGACCCAUCUAGCGCAGGACGAUCCGAGCUCAAGGCCAAGAGCGUGCCGAUUGAGGCCGUUCGUGUUGUUACCGAUGACAACCCGAUGCCUCCUGGCCUGCACCGCAAGAGUCUGGUGGACAGAGCCCCAGGCAACUUUGGCCGUCGGCCUACGCAUGGAAUCCGCCCGGAGCAGCAGUCACUGUCGUCUUACAACUCACGCACAGUGAGAACCGAGUCCCCCGCCGAAAUGUACUCGAUGAUGGUGCCGACGCUGACGCCAACCUCGCACCGCACGGCCCUCGCCAACAAGGCUUCCAAAGGUACCUUGAACAAGAUUAGCGGAUACUGGAAGCUGUCAAGUCUCCGAAGCCGCGCAGGCGGUAGCAACACGGACCUGUAUGCGACCAACCAGGUGCAUGACAGCGCCGAGGACCUGCGCGAACUAAUUGAACGUCAGGACCGCGACGCGGAUCGCCUGGAGAAUGUGCGAGCAUGCUGCGACGGCAAGCAUGACGUGGGCAGCGUGUCUCACUCGUCGAAGCGUCAUCGUCACAGCCACGGUCAUCCGACGCACUCGGUCAACACGACGCCAGUCUCGUCUACGCGAACACGGGCGUAA